AUGUCAGAGACAUCCAAAAAGCCCUCCUCUUCGACCUCUCCCUCGACCGCAACAGCAACAACGAACCCUCCAUCCAAACCAGCCAAGGGCAUUCAAAAACUGGCAGGUGACAUUGGUAAAAAGUACAAACUUCUCGUCCAAAUCAUGACCAGUGAUCCCAGAUAUGCCAAAGCGCUGGCCGAUGUGGUUCCUCCAGCCCAACAUGAAAAACUAGCUGACUCUCUCAUCAGUUUAUCCUAUGAAAUUGGUGCUUCGUUAGCCAUCAUUAAAUCAUUGAUUGGUUUAGAAUUUGAUAGAAAACAACAACAUCCGAAUACCAUCCUUCGUGUCAAUUCCAUCGUUUCCAAAAUGAUGGGUAAAUAUACCAAGAGAGUGGGUACUGAAUAUUUAAGAUUACUUCUAGGAAAGGUCGUCAAUGAAGUCGUUGAGCAAGCAGAGACACUUGAUUUGGAAGUCGAUCCAGAGAAAAUUUCAGGAGAUAACAAACAAGAAAUUAUUGACAAGAGACUUCAACAAAUUGAAGAAGUUUGUCAGAGAUUUGUCGAUCGUAUCACAAGUGAUGCCAUGAUUGAAGAAAUGCCUCGGGAAUUGAGAGCUGUGUGUUACUUUUUAAAACAAAAUGGAGAGUUCUACAAGUUCGAUAUUGAAAAGAUGAUUCUCCCAUUGGUCUCUGGAUUUGUGUGUUUACGUUAUAUUUGUCCAACCAUUGCCAUGCCACAGAAUGCAGAUAUUAUCAAGAUGGAUGAUUGGAAGAAGGGAAAUGUGAGACCAAAUUUGACUCAAAUUGCAAGAGUUAUUCAAAAACUUGCGAAUGGUGAAUUAUUCGACACUGCCACUCCUGCUCUCAUGCCUCUCAAUGGUUGGAUUCAAAAGAAUCAAAAUAACAUGUUGAGAUAUUUAGGUCAACUUCCAAUCGAUCCAAAACAACAAGAAGGAUUGAAUCCAUUCGGUGAUUUACAACGUUCCAUUACCUUUGAAGACAUUCACUACAAAUCCUUCGAUAUGGAAGAUUUACUCUUUCUUCACACUCUCAUUUACGAUUAUGGUUACGAGUUGAUUGUUUCCUUGCAAAAUGAAGUCAUUAUGACUCAUGACAAGAGACCUGUGAGUAUUGUGAGUACAGAGACAGACUUUCUUUCUCUUGUUCAAGAUUUGGGUCCACCUCCAGAACGAGAACGAAAAAUUCCACCUCCAACUAAACCUACCGAUGAUCGUAGAGGUAGUGUGAAAAAACCAAACACCAAUACAGCUACAGAUACACCUCCUGCAACACCAAACAAAUUGCAAAGAGAAACACUCGUAGGUGCUACCUAUGAUCAAAUUCAAGAUAAGGUAUUGGAACGUUCGAUGGACAAUUUGAUGAAGAAUGCUGAAAAGUUUGAUUUGAGUGAAAUGGAUCGAACUCGAUUUUUAUAUGUUGGAAAACCUACUCGUACCAAUUUACCUGUGGUUUAUUUGAUUUUGCAUCGUUUGAAACAAGAAUUCUUGAAUCAUAAUGACAAGUUGAUGGUUUAUAUUUACAAAACUUUGGGUCCACUUUUCAAUAGCAAAUAUUGCUUGAUUAUUGACUUGAGUUGGGCAGAGUUGACUGAUGAAUAUCAAGCAUUGCUUUAUAGAGCUGUGGUUGCUUUUGCUCGAUUGAUGAAGAUUGAACACUUGUCCAACUGUCAACAAGUGUAUGUCUUGCAUCCAAACUUUAAGACCAAGAAUGCUGUCGAUGAUAUUUUCAAUAUCAUUCCAAAUGAAACAAGACAGAGACUUAUCAAGACCAAAUACGAUUGGACAUCGUUGAGUGACAUUAUAGAACCAAUCAAAAUUUGGAUUCCAUUCGUUUCUAAAAAGUUCAUUCCAACAACGUACAAUCUCAUGCAAAUGAAAGGAGAAAAAGGUGAAGGUGGAAAUGAUCGUCUCUUGAAAAUCACGAAUGAAUCUCUCCUCGUGUUAGAUUCCAAAUUGGGAACUGUUCUUGAUGAAAUUCCAUUCAGUUCGAUCAUUGACAUUCGAACCAAGAAACAAACCAAUGAAUUUAUUAUUAGACAUCGAUCGGAAACUGAACAACAAUUGAAAGAAAGAGGUGGCGAUCUUGGUUACAUUUCCAAGACCAUUACCACACCUACUUCACAAGAAGUUCAAAAGAGAUUUAAUUGUGUCUCGGAUCAACAACGUGACAAUCUUGUUGAAACCAUUGCAGAUGUUGGUGUGAGAUUUACCUCAUUAGAAAAACAACAAACCUUUGUCGUUGAGAAGGAUACCAAAUCAGGAAAGAGACAAAAGAGAAUUCUCAAAUUCGCCUAUGAUUCUGUCCUCGUGUUCAAAGAUGGAGUAAUCAAGAGAGAAAUUCCAUUCUCAACUCUUCAAUCCUUCUACAUUGAUAAGGAUAACAAGACAAGACUCUUCAUCAAUUUCAUGUUACUAGGAAGAAAGAAGGCCUAUGUCGUGUAUCAUGACAAUGCCAUUUCUCUUCGUGACAGUCUUUUGGAUACUGUAUUAAGAUUUAAAUUCAAUGUUGAUCUCGAAAAGGAAUUGUUUAUUAGAAAAGAUUUGGAUAUUGUCGUGGAUCGUUUCUUUUCAGCUGCCAAAGACAAAUCUCUCGGUGACGAUGAGAAUUUAACAUCUUCAGAUAUCAAGCAAUCCAUUAACAUGAAUCAUGCUUCAGAAGAUAUUAAGAAAUUAUUCCACAAAUUCCAUCCGCAAUCUCAUGACAAACGUGCAGCAUUGAAUGUUGAAAAGAUGAAAAUUAUUUCCAAUGGUUUAAAUCUUGAUUUUAAUACUGAACAAUGUGAACACAUGUUAGAAGUUUUAGAUGAAAAGAAGAUGGGUUAUGUGGUGUUGGAUGAUUUGGUUCGAAAUUGGAUUUUCAAUAAGAGAAUGAAGGGAAUGAUUCAAAAGAGAAAGGAAGCUCAACAAAAGAGAAGUGAACUUUUACAAAAGCAAGGAUCUUCCAACUCGGUGAAGAAUUAA